ACGGCUGAGCGAGAAUCUGCUCUGCUGUGGCCGGCACGCCUGAGCUAUGUCUCUGGCGCUAGUGAUUGCACUUUGCAGUAAACGCUCCGAAAAAUCACUGCUUCUUUUGUCGCAGCGGAACAGUCAGCUCCAGUGACAACUGCGGAACAGUGCCAAAGUAGCAGACAGUGAAAGAGCAACACAUCUCUAAAACAGAUUAUACUUUUUUAUUUUCAGGAAGUUGUUUACUUCUCUCCUUGUUAAUACAGAAAUAUUUAUAUAUUUUUAAAAAUGUCGAAACCAAGUGGAUAUGAUUCUCAUAGUGAAGGCCCAGGUUUUGUUGGCAUUCGGUUUUGCCAGGAAUGCAACAACAUGUUGUAUCCAAAAGAAGACAAAGAAAACAAAAUUUUACUUUACGCCUGUCGGAAUUGUGAUUACAAGCAACACGCUGAUUCAAAGUGCAUUUACGUUAACAAAAUUAUGCACGAAAUUGACGAACUAACCCAUAUUGUGGCAGAUGUAAUAUCAGAUCCUACAUUACCCCGAACAGAAGACCACCAAUGUCCGGAAUGCAAUCAUAGGGAAGCUGUAUUCUUUCAAGCCCAAACCCGUCGUGCUGAGGAAGAAAUGAGAUUAUACUACGUCUGUACUAAUCCACAUUGUGCUCACAGAUGGACCGAAUAAAUGUUUAUUAUAAUACAAUUUUAAUUAUUUUGUUACUUUUUGAAACUAAUAAAAUGUUUAGUCCAUAA